UUGUUUUCAACAGUUCAACACAAGUAGUACUAUCAAGUACCUACUUUCUCCAACUAGCUAGCUAGCUAGCUCCACUUAUAGCUUCUUAUCAAUGGCUUCAUCUUCCUUCAUUGCCAUUUUGACCUUUGCUUUCCUUCUGUUCCUGGGCACCACUAGCGCUCAACUUUCAACAAACUUUUACUCCAACUCUUGCCCCAGGCUCUUCUCCACCGUGAAAUCCACCGUGCAAUCUGCAAUAAAAAACGAGGCCCGGAUGGGCGCCUCCCUCCUCCGCCUCCACUUCCACGACUGCUUUGUCAACGGGUGCGAUGGCUCGGUGUUGCUGGAUGACACAGCAAACUUUACGGGAGAGAAAAAUGCAGUUCCUAAUCAGAAUUCGGUUCGAGGAUUCAACGUGAUCGAUAACAUCAAGUCUGCAGUCGAGAAGGCGUGCCCCGGCGUGGUCUCAUGUGCUGAUAUUUUAGCCAUUACUGCCAGGGACUCUGUUGUUAUCCUUGGAGGACCUAGUUGGAAUGUUAAAUUGGGAAGAAGAGAUGCUAGAACUGCUAGCCAAGCUGCUGCUAAUAACAGCAUUCCCCCUCCAACGUCUAACCUAAACCAACUCAUCUCCAGAUUCAGUGCUCUUGGCCUUUCCACCAAGGACAUGGUUGCUUUAUCUGGGUCACAUACAAUUGGGCAAGCAAGGUGCACAACCUUCAGGGCUCGUAUAUACAAUGAAACCAACUUGGAGAGUACUUUGGCUCAAACAAGGCAAUCAAACUGCCCAAGGACCGCUGGCUCAGGAGACAACAACUUGGCUCCACUUGAUCUUCAAUCUCCAACAGCGUUCGACAACAACUACUACAAGAACCUUAUCCAGAACAGAGGUCUCCUCCACUCCGAUCAGCAGUUGUUCUUGAAUGGUGGCUCCACCGAUUCCAUAGUGCGUGGCUACAGCAACAGCCAGAGCACAUUCACUUCUGACUUUGCGGCCGCAAUGAUCAAGAUGGGAGACAUUAACCCGCUCACUGGAUCCAAUGGAGAGAUUAGGAAGAACUGCAGGAAGCCCAAUUAAUAUUAUGCAUCGAUCCUUCAUAUAAGAAUAAAUAGUUUUAAGAGAUCUUCUUUUAUUAAGUAGUAUGUGUUGUGCCUUUGUCAAUUUCUCCUGUAGAAGGUACUCUAUGGCCUUGGAAGAAUGUAGAAGUUUGUUCGAAAUC